UUUCACGAGAUAGAAAGAAAACGCAAUCUCCGUAAAAUGCGGAAGUAAACAACAACAGCAUCAUUUAUACAAGUUUUUAUAAUGUUUUACCCAAAAGAAAUCCACGAUGACUAGUAUAAAUAUAAUUGAAAUCUUUUUCUUUCUUCUUAUUUUAUCAGUUUGUAAGGCUGAACUAUAUUGCUAUAUCUGCACGACAGCUUCAGGUUUGCACGCGGAUAAAUGUGGCGAUGAUUUCCGACUAACAUCUGUUGAUGCUGUAUCAUGUCAAGAUGGGUCAUGUCAAAAAACAAGAGGAUACAGAACUGAAGGCUCGAAGAAGGUUGUUGAAGUGACAAGAGGCUGUGUAUCUUACACACAGUCGGACACCUGCUAUGAAGGCACAAAUUAUGGAGUAUCAGCAACAAUAUGUACAUGUAACACUGUGUAUUGUAAUGGUGCAAGUACUUUAAUUCCAUCUACAAAGUUUUCUCUUUCUACUGGAGUUUUGCUCACUUUGCUGAUAUACAACGUUCUGUGAUAAAAGAAUAUAAUAUAAUUCCGGAAUUGACUUUUUAAAACUUUGGAUUUUAUGCCAAUCUGACUAAAGUACUUGAUCUUCUAAAUGAAGAUCUGAGAACGACCCAUUCACAUUUGUCUUCUGUACAUUUUGAAUUUCCAAUAUUGCUGUUUUUAUUUUCGCAAAUCUAUUUUUAUUUGAACCAAUCAGACAACUUGUUCAAAUGUCAAAGAGUAAGAAAAAUUUGCAGUCAAUCCAGGGCUCGAACCUGGGACCUCUCUCUUACAGAGCAAGUGCCCUACCGACUGAGCCAGCCGGUUAUCUGUUAUCUUUCCACAUAAAAAUUGUAGAUAUCAAAAGAUUCAAAAACCAAGGCUUUUUAAAGCUUGCAGAAUGUUGUAAGUUAGCUUUUGAUUGGCUAGCGGAAGGGUCGUCAGAACGAGACUAUCAAUAGCUCGUUGUCAGAUCCUAAGCAUAGCAUAAUAGGAGAUGUACUUUUGUCAGAUUGGAUUUUAUGCAUUAUUCAUUAUUGCGAAAUUUAGAUUAAAUGCAUAAUUUAUGAAUGCAUGGAUGAAAGGUUCAGAUUACAUACAUAAUUCAGUAAUAGAUAUCAUAGAAAUACUGAUUUUAUGCAUGCAUGAAAGCAUGGAUGAGAAAUUCAGAAUAAUGCAUAAUUCAGUAAUGUAUAAAUUAGAAAUUCAGUUUUUAGGCAUAAUUUAUGAAAGCAUGGAUGAGAAGGUCAGAUUAAAUGCAUGAUUAAGGAAUGGAGUGAGAAUCAGAAAUCAGGAAAGCACAAGUGAGAAAUUUAGAUGAAACAUAUAUAUUUCAGGAAAGCAUGAAUGAGAAAUUCAGAUUUGAUAAGUGUCUAUAAUUCAGGAUUGAGAAUUUCAGAUUAGAUGCUCAGUUUAUGAAAGCAUGAGUGGGAAAAAUCUGAACGCUAAUCUUAGGCUAGUUCUAAGGAGCCUUUAAAGACUUAAAAUUUUAGUGGUUCAGUGGUUUUUGAUUAUUCAGUAAAUACAUUUUAUUUUUUAGAUAUUCAGUUUUUGUCUGCCUUGGACAGUUUUCUUGUAUGUUAUAUUUUUUUAACAUUGUUGUGAAAUUAUUUUUUUUUGGCAGAAUUUAAUUGAUAUUCUGCAAAUACAUUAUGUAAUGGGAAAGUGCCAAAAGAAGAUAUAUUUUUGGGUUGGCAGUUCUUUCAUACAUAAACAUUUUGAUGAAGGUUGUUUUGCAAAUAAAAAUUCUUAUAUUUUAGUAAACUUACUACAAAGAUGCAUAAUGUAUUACACAUCAGUAUGAAUUCAAAGAUUUUAAACUAUGGGUUCAAAAAAGUUUAACAUUCAAGUUUGACUUAAAGGCAUAUGCUAGAAUUCCCAGUAUAUGAGAUGGGCAAAACAUUUCCCAAUAAUAGAAUUUCUUCAAAUUUUGGAUAUUGAAGGACAAUCAUCAUCAUCUAAGAAACAAAAAUAUGCAAUAAAAAUCAUAAGUACAGAUACUGAAAAAGAGUUAUCUGCCCUUGAAAAUGGCAUUUUAUUAUUGGGAAAAAUUUCACCCCUAAUUCUAGCAUACAUCCUUGAAUUGUUGUGGCUACUUAAGUAUAUAGAAUGUCUAAAUAGCUGUUGUAUGUUGUGUUCAAAGUUGUCACAGUAACUAACUGACAUUAUACCGCAGUCUAUAGUGUAUUUUUGAUAAGAAAAUGUGAGAAAUGUUGUCUUUCAUAGUUAUUUGGAAACAUAUCAGUCUCUGUUUUAUAAGUGUUUUACAUGUGUUCAUAUAUACAUGAUAAAUUAUAUCUGUCUAUAUGUAAGACUUAAAGAUUAAGUAUACUAUUGUCCAAAUUCGUGGUCUUAUAGAAAAGGUUAUUACAUUUAAGGUCAAGGUAAAAGUUACCUUGAGAAUGAAAAUCUGUUUCUGGUCAGUAACUUGAGCAUGCUAGAAUCUACAGCAGAAUAAUUGCCUGUGGUCAUUAGAUUACUCUUUUUAUAAUGUUAGUUGUGAUUUGAGCAGGGCAAGGAUGAAAGUUUCAGAUACCUUAAGGCUGAAUAUUGUUUCCAGUCAGUAAAUGGGACCUACAGUCUUUACCUUCACAUUGAGAUUGCUUGUGGUCAGUAAUUAGUCUCUAUAGUAUUUGUGAUUAUUAGGCUACCUAGUUUCCUUUGCCAAGCUGUCAUGUGGGGCAUACUUGUGGAACACCGGCUAGGACUAUAGGAAUGCCCUCCGUCCAUGUGUCUGUCAGCAAAUCUGGAUCCUGCAAUUACUCAAAAAGUAUUUGUGCUAGGUUCAUGGAACUUGGUAUGAGAAUAGAGGGCAGUAUGUAGAUUUUGUAAAUAUAUGACUUAAGCUUGUAGGUCAAAGGUCAAGGUCACUAUUGGAAGGUCAAGUAAAAUUUAUUCUGCUCUGUAACUUUUAUAUGCAUUGACAGAUUAUCGUAGCAGUACAUACAGACGUUUCCCAUGAUGAGACAAUGUGUCUACACAUGAUCUAUGCUUGUCAGUUAAAGGUCAAGGUCACUGUUUAAGGUCAAGUAAAAAUUUGUUUCUGCCCCAUAACUUAAUUGCAUUGGAAGAUUUUUUUUAUUACUAUACAGAAAUGUUCCCCAUGAUUAGGCUAUGUGUCACGUACAUGACCAAUGGUUGUCAGUCAAAGGUCAAGGUCACUAUUAAUGGUCAAGUGAGGAACACUAACAGUUUAUAGCAGUAGGGGACUUCCAUAUUGCCAAAGCAAUAUUCGGUCACUUGUUAUUCAAAGGGGUGUUCACUGAAAACUUACUGACUGAAUAGAAAACAGUGCAGACCAUGAUCAGCCAGCACGUCUGUUUGUUGGUUGGUUAGUUAUGGUUACUUACCUACUAUUGUAUAAUUUCGGUCCCUGCUAUUAAAACAAGAGCUGUCCAUAAGACUGAGCCAAUGCUUGACUAUUCGAAUUGUUGUCCCAGAAGCAGGAAAAUAUUACCCUAAAUGUUAAAAUUUCUGUAGAGUUUCAAUCCAGUAUCUGCAUUAGUUUCGGAGAUAGUAACUUGCAUGCAAAACUUUAACCAGAAAUUUUAUGUUCAAAGGGGGACAUAAUUUGACCAAAAUGCAAGUCAGAGUUAUGGGACUUGAUGCAGUCAACUUGUUUUAUAACCUCAAAGGCACAUGUAAAGUUUAAAUUUAAUAUCUGCAUUUGUUCUGCAGAUAGUAACUUGCACGCAAAACUUUAACCAGAAUUUUCUAAGUCUAAAAGGGGACAUAAUUUGCCCAAAAUACAUGUCAGAGUGCUGGGACUUGAUCCAGUGAGGUUGGUUAUUGUUCUAGAAAAAUAAAACAUAAGUUUCAUGUAAUUGUAUGCAAAACUUUAACAAGGCUUUAAAAGGGGGCAUAAUUUAGCCAAAAUGCAGGUUAGAGUUAUGGGACUUGAUGCUAUCAACUAGUUUUAUAACCCCAAAGACACAUGUGAAGUUUCUAUUCAGUAUCUGCAUUAGUUUUGGAGAUAGUGACUUGCAUGUGAAAAAGUCCAAAAGGGGGCAUAAUUUGCUCAAAAUACAUGUCAGAGUUAUGAAACUUGACCCAGUGAGGUUGGUAAUUGACCUAGAAAAAGAAAAAAUAGGUUUCAUAGCUAUAUGCCUUUAAAUGAUAACUGUAUUGUACUUGCAUGCAAAACUUUAACCAAGGUGUGACGCCAACGCCAGGGUGAGUAGAAUAGUUAGACUAUUCUUUGAAUAGUCAAGCUAAAAAAUAUUUAUAUCACAAACUUGGUAUGAUAAAGCAUUUAAUUUUCUUAGUCUCCAAGCAUGUGUCCUAGGAAUAUAGCUGGAUAUUGCAUAGUCUCCAAGCAUGUGUCCUAGGAAUAUAGCUAGAUAUUGCAUAGUCUCCUAGCAUGUGUCCUAGGAAUAUAGCUGGAUAUUGCAUAGUCUCCAAGCAUGUGUCCUAGGAAUAUAGCUGGAUAUUGCAUAUCAAUUCACCUUUCUGUUUAAAUGAAGCAGUAUGGGGAACUGUUAAAAUUAUCAUGGUAUUUAAUUGUAUUGUACUAUGUGUAUUUACUAUUUAUAUUAUUCUUAAAAUAAAAAAGUAUAUUUUCAA